UGGGGUUGUGAAUGGAAUGUCAUCUGUCACUGUCAUCAAUUCAAGAAAGAACUUCAACAAAUGUCAUUGACAGAUCAACAAGAAAAUUGAUUGAAAUAAUUGUGAUUGAAAUAAUUAUUAUCUUUGUGCAACAUGGGAAAGAAAAAAGGAAAAGGAAAGAAGCAAGAGGAAGGAUCGCAAGCUUCUUCCAGUUCACCAUCAGAUUCACAAGCAGGAUCAACUCAACAGCUCAAUCCACCUGAGGUUCAGCCUCAACCCAUUACACAAGACCCCCAACCCCAACAAGGAGGUAAAAAGAAGAAACAAAAGCAACUUCAAAAGCAAGAGGAAGGAGCGCAACUUUCUUCCAGUUCACAAUCAGAUUCACAAGCAGGAUCAACUCAACAGCUCAAUCCAUCUGAGAUUCAGCCUCAACCUAUUCCACAAGACCCCCAGCCCCAACAAGGAGGUAAAAAGAAGAAACAAAAACAACCUGAACAACAAGCUGCAAAACAUAAAGGAGAUCCUGUAACACAAAGUUCUCAACAACCAGCUCCUACAUCUCAACAACAAGCUGCAUGGGGUAGACAACAAACUCCACCACAGGAACCUCAAGCUUGGGGUAAACCGCAAGUUUCACAGCAACAACCUGGAGCGAAACAACAGCAGCCCGCUCCUCCACAACAGCAACCUGGAGCGAGACAACAGCAGCCAGCUCCUCCACAACAACAACCUGGAGCUAGACAACAGCAAACUGCUCCUCCACAACAACAACCUGGAGCGAGACAACAGCAAGCUGCUCCUCCACAACAACAACCUCAAGCUUGGGGUCAACCACAGGUUUCACAACAACAACCUGGAACGAGACAACAGCACCCUGGUCCUCCACAACAGCAAGCUCCUCCGCAACAACAACCUCAAGCUUGGGGUCAACAACAGCCCGUUCCGCCACAGCAACAACCUCGAGCGAGACAACAGCAGUCUGCUCCUCCUCAACAACAACAACCCACUUGGGGCAGACAAACAGCUCCACAACAGCAACAUCAAACUGUUCCCCCACAACAGACUGGUCCCCCACAACAGACUGGUCCCACACAACAGACUGGUCCCACACAAGGGCAGCAAAAAGGUGCCCAACAACAGCAAACGGGUCGAAAUGAACGUCAACAACAAAGUUCCCCACCAAAGCAAAUGGGUCCACAUGGAGAUGUACCACAACAACCUAAAUCGGCAAACGGGCAACAAAGGGGUGGACCACAACAACAGCGUAGGCCUCAGGAUAGGCAGCAGACAGCUUCUGUUAAAGAAUUGACAUCUCGUAUGAGUGAACUGCAAGCUGGUCCACUUGUACCUAUGAGGUUAAGAAACCCUGAACCUGGAAAAGCAGGUCGCAAAAUACCCGUAGAAACGAAUCAUCUCAGCCUCGCGCUAGGUAAAUUAAACACGGCUUAUCACUAUGAUGUUGAUUUGGUACCAGAUACCCCGAAAAAGUUUUUAAGAACCGUGAUGGAACUCUUUAGGCAGCAACAUUACCCAAAAAGAUAUCCAGCCUUUGAUGGAAGAAAAAAUUUAUACAGCACUACUAUGUUACCUUUUGGAGAACAAAAAGAAGGCGAGGUUACUAUUCACGACAGUCAAAAUAGAGAGAAAAUAUAUAAAGUGAAAGUCAAAUUUGCAAAUUCGGUUGAUUUAUCCCCCUUGAAAAAUUACGAUUUAUCUAGAGCAACUCCGACGGAAGCUAUACAAGUGGUCGAUAUUGUUUUACGUUGUGCUCCUUCACAAAAUCUACUUCAAGUGGGCAGAAGUUUUUUCCAUAAGCCAGUCGGAGAAAUUAUCGACUUGGGAGAAGGCAUGGAAAUGUAUCACGGAUUUUAUCAAUCGGCCAUUCGAGGCUGGAAGCCACUUUUAAAUGUUGAUGUUGCUCAUAAACCGUUUCCUAAAGCUAUACCAGUUAUAGAAGCUUUGCUUGAAGUAAUAAAUGCAGACAGAUAUAAUAAUAAACUUACGAGAAAUGACCUUAGCAGACCUCUUGAUAGGAGAGAUUUGGAAGUUUUCGGCAAGUACAUGAAGCAGUUAAGAGUUGUUUAUGAAAUUCCAAAUUUGCCCAGUUCUAGAAGAAGUUAUAAGGUUAACGGUAUAAAUGACCCACCGGCCGUGAAAACCUUUAAAGAUGCGAAUAAUAGAGAAAUUACCAUCCAACGGUAUUUUGAAACAGAAAAAAGGUGCAAAUUAAGAUAUCCUCAGAUGCCGACACUAUGGGUCGGAUCUUCAGCUAGAUCGGAUAAUCCUAUACUUGUACCUAUUGAAUUGUGUACAAUAGAAGAUAAUCAGACAAUUAAUAGAAAAAUGACAGAAGGACAGACAAGAAACAUGAUAAGAUAUGCUGCAACCUCUACUACAGUACGCAAGAAUAAGAUUAUGGAAGGAAUAACACGGGCUAAUUUUAACAACCAUCCCACUGUACGAGAAUUCGGUUUUUCAGUUUCUAGCGCAUUUGAAAAAUUAGAUGCCAGAAUCUUGCCCCCUCCCAGAUUAGGCUAUGCCGGUAAAGAAGUGAAUGUUGAUAAAGGAAUAUGGAGAGGUGACAAAUUCUUCCAAGCGGUCACGAUUAACAAAUGGACAAUCGUGUGCGCUGAUAGGAGGCCACCAAGACCAGAUGACUUGCGGAACUUAGCUUCACAAUUACUUAGAGAAGCACGCGGAAGCGGUAUGCAGAUUGGUGAAGCAGAACAACCAUUCUGUACAAUUGGUGACAGAAAUAUGGACAUCAAGAAAUACUUCACAUCUGUUAAAGGCAAAUAUGAUGUAAUCUUUGUCGUCGUACCAAAUAGCGGACCACAAUAUAGUUACGUUAAAACAGCAGCUGAGAUUAAUGUAGGCUGUUUAACACAAUGUGUUAAAGUAAGAACUGUGUUAAAAAUGAAUUCUCAAACGGCGUUAAACCUUUUACUUAAGGUUAAUGCCAAGUUAAAUGGUACUAAUCAUUUUCUAUCUACCCGUCCGCCCAUUUUGAAUAGACCAACCAUGAUCAUGGGCGCUGACGUCACUCAUCCCAGCCCUGAUUCGCAACAUAUACCGAGUGUGGCGGCAGUCACUGCAUCUUAUGAUCCAAAAGCCUUUAAGUACAAUAUCUGCUGGAGAUUGCAACCACCCAGACAGGAGAUCAUCGAAGAUUUGGAGAAUAUUGUGGUAGACCAAUUGAAGUUCUUUUAUGAGUCUAAUAAAGGUCAAAAACCCCAAAGAAUUAUCUUUUUUAGAGAUGGAGUAUCGGAUGGACAAUUUGAACAAGUUACAAGUGCCGAAGUACGAGCUAUUCGAGCAGCAUGCAAGAGAGUCCAAAGAGAAGGUUAUGAACCGGCAAUAACUUUCCUUGUUGUCCAGAAACGUCAUCAUACUAGACUUUUCCCAUUGAAUCCAAGAGAUUCUCAUGACAGAAAUUUAAACGUUCCAGCAGGUACUUGCGUGGACACGCAUAUUACACAUCCAUUUAUGCAGGACUUCUAUCUAGUUUCCCACGCCAGUAUACAGGGAGUGGCGAAACCAACAAAGUAUUGUACCUUGUGGGAUGACAACGAUAUGUCAAACGACGACAUUGAGCAACUUACGUAUUUUCUAUGUCACAUGUUCACUCGGUGCAACAGAUCCGUAAGCUAUCCAGCUCCGACGUACUAUGCCCAUUUAGCUGCGGCCAGAGGCAAAGUCUACAUAGAACCCGAAAAUGUGGAUUUACAAAAUUUAAAUAGGGAAUAUGAAAGAUUUAAAAUCCAGGACAGUAUCCAGAAGGGACUGCCUAUGUUCUUUGUCUAAAAUUUGAUUUUUUUACAAAUGUUUAUAUAAAAUAGAGUAACGGGCGUGAGUUAAGAGUUUGAUUUAUAAAUAUAAAGGAAGUUGUAGAUUUUAUAUUAACAUGACGGUAAUUGGCACUGUUAUUUAAAAAAAAUAUUAAAAAUCAGUUAGGUUGUGUAUACUGGGUUGGGAUAAAGUAUGGAACCAAGCAAAUAUCUUUGAAACGAAAAGAACAAUAUUUAUGAAACUUUGCAUGCAAGUACAGUGACGCAAAAGGCAUCUGAUGCCAUAUUUUUUGUUACUACUCCACUUCCGGUUUCACCGGAAAUACCCUUAACUUAUUUACUUUAAAUGGGACACCCUGUAUAUUUUUGCAGAUUUUAAAAGAACUUGUUAUUUUUAAUUCAUACAAUUAAAUUUGGAAGAAAAAAUUUCUUAAAAAGUGUGUAGAUAAUUUUUUGUAUUAAUACAACGUAGUAGGAAAUAAACGAGUACUAUCUAUACUGUAGACUAAAAUUGUUGUUUACAUGCACUGCAUGACUUAUUUGAAUUUAGUAUAGUAGGUAAAACCGUUACCGAACUAAUUGACAGAAAUAAGUUGUAUUAAAAAUGGUUCAUUUAAGUGAAAAAUAUUGUAUUGAAAUAUUAAUAAUAAAUCGGUUGUGGUGAAUUUUCAUUUUUUGGAAGUGAGUUUUCCAAAUCGAUUGAUUGGACGUAGAGGAUUCAUAGAGUGGCCCGCUCGUUCUCCGGACCUCAAUUCGUUAGAUUUUUUUCUUGGGGUUAUCUAAAAUCACGUGUUUACGUUAGGCGACCAACAUGCUUGCAGGAUUUGAGACAAAGAAUAAUUGAUGAAUGUGAACUAAUACGUGUAGAAAUCUUGCAAAGAGUGACUCACGAAUUUAUUUAUAGGCAUGCACGUUGUCAGGAGGUGAACGGCAAGCAUUUUCAACAUUUGAAUUUUUUUUUAUUUUUAAUAUCAUUGGUCUACCGUAAAUAAAUUAACCUAUUUUUUAACUCUAAAGAGAUUUAUUUCUUAUUUUAAUAGUUUUUUCUUCCAGACUGGGUAUGUAUGAAUUAAAAAUAACAAGUUCUUUUAAAAUCUGCAAAAAUAUACAGGGUGUCCCAUUUAAAGUAAAUAAGUUAAGGGUAUUUCCGGUGAAACCGGCAGUGGAGUAGCAACAAAAAAUAUGGCAUCAGAUGUCUUUUGCGUCACUGUACUUGCAUGCAAAGUUUCAUAAAUAUUGUUCUUUUCGUUUCAAAGAUAUUUGCUUGGUUCCAUACUUUAUCCCAACUCUGUAUGUAUAUCAUUAUAUGCCAACCAAUUGGUCGAAAUCCCAAAACAUGUUAUUCUUAUCUAAUAAUUUUUUCUUGGUUGAUAAUUAUAAUAUUAUACUAUCAGUAUGGUGCAUAUGAAAGGAAUAAAUUCGUUAUUUCGUAAACCGACGACUUUAAGGAAAAAUCCCGAAACAGUCAAAUUUUCAUUUUUAAAUUAUGAUAUUUUGGCAUAUAUGGCGUACUAGUGACGUCAUCCAUCUGGGUGUGAUGACGUAAUCGAUGAUUUUUUUUAAAUAAGAAUAGGGGUCGUGUACUAGCUCAUUUGAAAGGCUAUUCAAUUCUUUAUUCAGUAAUAUAAAUAUUUACAUAAUUAUUUAUACAGGGUGUUCAAAAAAAAAAUUUAAAUUAAAUUAUUUGGCAAAAAAAGAAGAAUGUAUGUAAUUUAUUUAAUUCAAAAUACAUUUUACUGCUGUAACAAAUCAGAAAAAAAUGUUUAUUUCACAAAUAAACAUUGCUUUUCGCUUAAAUUAAAUGCAGUAAAAUUGAAUUUAAUCGAAAAGCAAUGUUUAUUUGUGAAAUAAAUAUUUUUUUCUGUUUUCAGGGAACAGUAAAAUGUAUUUUGAAUUAAAUAAAUUACAUACAUUUUUUCUUUUUUUAUCAUAUAAUUUAAUUUAAAAAAUUUUUGGGCACUUUGUAUAAACAAUUGAAGGGUUUGGUGCAAAAACCGGCCAUGGACCAUUUUUGUCAAAAUUGAGUUUAUGACAUUCCUUGCCUUCAAAAAUACCUCUGCACAGUUUGGAGCGAAACCUGUACAUGUAGUAUGUAAGAAAUUUAAUGUAGAACAACGUGGACGGCUAUUGCACCAAAAAUAUUAAUAGCAUAAUCCUUAGGAUCGAUAUAUGCACAUUGUCCUCAAAACUAUGCAAUAUGCACGUGGACGGUUAUUGCACCAGGCCCUUCAAUUAUGUAAAUGUUUAUACUAUUGAAUAGAGAAUUGGAUAACCUUUCAAAUGAGCUGGCACACGACCCCUAUUAUUAUUUAAAAAAAAUCAUCGAUUGCGUCGUCACGCCCAGAUAGAUGACGUCACUAGUAUGACAUAAUAUAAUAUGCCAAAAUAUCAUAAUUUAAAAAUAAAAAUUGACAUGUUUCGGGAUUUGUCCUUCAAUUCGCCGGUUUACGAAAUAACGAAUUUAUUCCUUUCAUUUGCACCAUACUGUAUAUGAUUGUAAUAUAUUUAGCUAGAACAUUUUUCCAAGUUUUUAUGUUCUAAUAUAAAUUUAAAGAAAUAUUUAAAGUACGUAAUGUAUGUUUAUUGUUCUACUUUUAAUCCAGGUACGAUCUAGUAUCUUAUUAUCUUCUUGGGUUUUGAUAGUCUUUAAGGGUGUAGGCGCAAAAUUUCGCGCCAAUCUGUUUUAAAUGCAUUAAUUUGUUUCGAAUCCUGAUAAAACUAAUAAGUAUUUUUGAAGAAUUUAAACUCAGAAUGAAAGAUUACAUUAUUACCGAGGGUCGAAUGUCUCUUAUAAUAACCAAAUAACCAAAAAGUUUCUUUUGAAUGAGAUAUUUGAAAUUCAAAAUCACACUAAACUUUCUCUUUUUUUUUAUUACGCCCCUGUAACUUAUUAACCCGGGAUCGAUCGCGCCGUUAGAAAAAAUCUAACAUUUUAUCUUUUUUCCGUGGUAACUUGAUGAAAAAUUUUGCAACAUAACUUUCCACUCGUAAGUGCCUCGAGGAAGAGUAUAGUAAUGCGUAGGAUUUUUUUUGUGGAAUUUAUGGCCUUGAUGAGAACCGAUUAGCUUUAAUAAAUGUUAGAAAUAGAUAUUUUUAACAUAACAAUUAAAUAAAAAUUUGUUUUAAAUUCGUAUUGUUAGAUUUAACGCGCGACCGAUUACGUGACAGAAAAGAGGGCGACUGAUCCCAGGUAAUUAUACACCCGGGUCAUAUUUAUUACGUUAAUGUCCGACUGGUCUAUUAUUUGACAAAUAAUGCUAUUAUUUCGAAGUCUAUUAAGUACGAUAUAACGCCCAAGGGCGUGUUAUUGAAAAAUAACGCCUUAGGGCCUAUUAAAUUUAAAUAACGAGUUAAAUACUGUUACGUUGACAAAUAAAACUCUAAGUAAAACUAUGAUUACCACAAUUACGUUACGACUAUUUCUGGUAAAUGUACUUAUUUGAAAACUAAAUAAUUUAAAAUCCAUUCAAAUUUUUUGCAUAUAAAGAAUAAUUUAGUUGGACAUUAAACGUUGAAGGCACCACGGGUAUUAUAAUAAUAACGCUUUCGGUCAGCGUAUAUAACUCGGGCCGAAGGCCCUCGAUCUAUACACCAUUGACCUCAAACGUUAUUAUCCUUAUAAUACCCUUGGUACCUUAAUAACUAAAACAUUAUAGAAGUUUUCAGGGACUUUCGGCCCUCGGUAAUAAUGCAAUAUUUGAUUCUGAGUUUAAAUUUUUCAAAAAUACUUAGUAGUUUUCUCAGGAUUCAUUUAAAACACAUUGGUAAUUUUGCGCCUACUCCCUUAAUAUCAGAUUUUUAUAUCUGAAGAAAAGAUAUUUGAUAUCUAAUACUGUAAGGUCCGGUAUUUUCUGUUAGUCCUUAGAGCAGCUUUACACACACCCGGUGGCCGAUUACACGGCACGAGUUACACGGACUGGCGAACUUUCACAGAUUUGUAGAUAGGCACUAGAUUUAUACUGUUCGUCCUCUAUAACUUUUCUCAUGCGUCACGAUUCAUUUUCAAACCAAUUAAGUCAAAACAAAGUGAAACGAACGUCGAAGUGUAUAUACAUUUUGUAUACUGUAUAGUAUACUAGUAUACUACACACAUCGGCGUACGUUUCACUUUAUGUUUUGACUUAAUUUGUUUGAAAAUGAAUCGUGACGCAUGGGAAAAGUUAUAGCGGACGAACAAUAUGUACUGCACCGAUUAGACACCUUUAAAAAAACUUUAAAAAUGUUCUACCUAAAUUCACUUAUGCUUCAGUUACUACGCAUCUUAUUUAAUUAAGUAUUAAUCUGCUCUUAGUUUUUGGUUGAUGUUAGUAGUAAAUGUGUAAGCUUUUUAUAAAACAUAGUUUAAAAGCUUAUAAAAAAUAUUCUUUCUAUUAACGAAUAAUCUUUUUGGUAUAACUCCGUCUUUAGUUAUUGGAAAAAGUUACCCAAGACGCCAUAAAAAGCAGAACAUGAUUCUUUUAAUUAACGUUUAAUAAUUACAAAGUAUUAAAGGGGGACUGACUGUAACAUGUCUUUAAAAUUAAAUAUUUUUGAUGGGGCAACUAUAACAUGAUCCCCGAUGUAAUAAAUUUUUGACCGCCUGUCAGUUGGCGCAUUUUUUUAAUAUGUUUACAUUUAAACCUCUUGCAUUUUUAGUUUUAAGAACUGAAGAUGGUAAUGAUACAUUGUAAAGUUUUCGUUAAUAAAAAAAUAUAUGCUUUUCGUAAACCCAUAAAUCAUACCUUUUAUUAAAAGUUUACACUUUUAUUAUAAAUUGGUAAUAAUUACUACGACUGGCAAUCAAUUUUUUAGAAAUAAUUUAAUCAAUUUUUUAGAAUUUAUUCAGUUUUACUUCUGUGUGUAUGUAUUAAUAUACAGUGAUGAGCGCGCUAAUAACCGGCAAAAUAACGCAGAAGAUGGAAAACAUAUUAAGUUGUGAGAUAAAAAGAAAUUAAACUUGUACAGGUGGGAAAUUUAGCGAUAAAAUCCUAUAAAUUUACAUUCUAUUUAUAGUUUCUCACCUUUAGACGUAUCGGACGAGUUUGGCAACUGCCACUGUGACAGUGACAGUUUUUGUUGACAUACUACUCUGAUACGCCUAAAGGUGAGAAAAAUAAAUCUGUACCAUUUAGUCAGACGGUGCUAACUGCAUAAUUGGUCAUUUUGUGUUAAUUGUGCAAAUGUAAUCAAAACAACAUUCGUUUUCGUUUAGUUAGAGGCUGCUAAAUGCACGACGGAUAUAAUUUAAUUGACAGCAUUGGUUAUUCAAUGAUAAGUGCACAUUUUUUGGUUAUGCGUGAUCAGAUUAUCGUAAGUAUUGUUAUCACACAAUGAUCCAAAUACAUUUUUCAUUUUUUAUGGUCAAAUAGUGAUAAGUGUUAGUACAAGUCACUUUUGCAUGUCACAAAUUAGUAUUUUUGUGGAAUCAAGUUAUAUUAAUUCAUUGUUAAAUGCAUUCAAUAAUAUGAAACAAAUAUUUUGUAAUAGAGACCUCAGCCUAAAUCUUAUAAAGUGUUAUGCAUUUUCUAUUCUUGUGUAUGUUGUGGAGACGUGGACUCUUAUUAAACAAUGUUUCAAUAGAUUGAAACCAUUUGAAAUGUGGACAUAUCGAAGAAUGCUGAGAAUCUCCUGGGCAGACAGAAUAACCAAUGAAAAGUACUAAGAAAAAUAAAGCACAACAGGGAGAUACUGGAUUCCACCAAAAUAAGAAAACCACAAUAUCUGGAUCAUGUAACACGUGGUGACAGUAAUGAAUUCUUAAAACUAAUAAUGCAGGGAAAGAUUCAAGGAAGGUGCAACAUAGGUAGAAGAAAAAUGUUUUGGUUUGUAUGCAGCUCAACUGAACUCUUUCGGGAUGUAGUGUCAAAAGUUAGAAUAGCAGUGAUGAUUGCCAACCUUCAUCGCAGAUGAAGACAUAGUGAAGACAUAAAGAUGACAUAAAGAAGAAGAGGAAGAAGAAAUUCCACAAAAAAGUCAAAUAAUUCCAGAAUAGGAAGAAAUAAGUGAUAUCCUUUAACAAUAAUCAUUUGGCCAAAACAUGAUAAUUUGCAAUUUUUUCAAAUUUCUUUUGUAUUUUCAAACUCUUGUUCCGCUUUUUCGAGUCCGUAAAAUAAAUUGCAACAUAUCACAUACAUUCAUAUAUCUAUUAAUUCUGAAAAUUGCUAAUUCAUAGGUAAGACCUUAAACACAAACUCCCAUAAGCGGUUUUUGUUUCUCCUAUAAAGUAGUAAAAAUGGACAUAACAUCAUCUGAUAAAAUGGUACAGAAAUAUAAUGUAAGUUUAUAUGUUUUUAUCGCUAAAUUUCCCACCUCUACUACUUUCAUUUCUGUUUAUCUAACGACCUAAUAUGUUUUCCAUCUUUUGCGUUAUUUUGCCGGUUAUUAGCGUGCUCAUCACUGUAUUACUCGUAUAAUUAUGGUCGAAUUUCAAUUGUUUAGAAUUAUUUUAUGUUUGUAUUAAUAUAUUAUUCAUAUAAUUAUAAUCUGAUUUAAAUUG